ACAUGAGGGAUUCUAAACUAGGUAUGGAUGUGAUGAUUUUAUAUUAAACACAGAUAUCAAACAAGAGCUAGAGGUUAUGAUAUCUUGAUAAAACAAAUAUUCUUUCAAUUCAAAUUAUAUGUUUAGGUCAACGUGAGGGGUCUUGGGAGAGAGAAGAAAGUUCCCCAUUGAUCUUCUAUAUCUAUACUAUCUAAGAAACUUUCAAUUAAUCAUUUAUUUGCUUUAAAACAAUGUCAUCAUUGUAUUUUCUUUGAUGUUUUGUAACCAUCUUUCUAAAGAUUAUUGAAAAACUUAAUUUAUGAUUUGAAAUCUAAAUCAAGGUAUCUCCAAUCUCUUAACUAAACUGUAUUUUAUUUAAUAAAUAACAGUCCAUAUAUAUACAUACAUACAUGUGAAUAUACUUUUUACAAUCAACAACUAGCUCAAUGUUUUACAAUAUGUAUACUUCCAACGCUUUCACUAAUAUAAUCAUACAAGUCGUAUUUUUAUAGUUAUGGAUGACAUAUUAAAUAAUAUAAGUCGUCCCAAAUAUAAAGUCGAGAUUUAGAAUAACUAAGAAACAAUAUACAUAAUUCAAGGUUAAAAUAAGCAUAUACUAAAAAAGAAAUAUAAGGGUAAAAUAGACAUGUUGAUCGUGGAGACCGGCUCAACUAAAAGCCAAGUUAGGAAAGAAGGCCGGCUCCCUCGCACCUCACUGGGCCCUUUCGAGCGGCAAAGAAAAGGAAGAAAAAAGAAAAACGGUUACAAUUUCAAAAUCACAUACUUAAAAACUUAACCAUGGUUAAUUACCAUCCAAUUAUAUCUCUUUUUUAAUUUAAUUACUCUUAACUAACCCUGGUUAACUUCCACUAAUUUUUCCAACUAUAAAUUGCGUCUCCUUCUUCCUCAUUCUCCAUCGAAACAUUCCAUUUCUUUCAAAAGAAGGCGUCUUCAUAAACGCCUUCUUCUCCAUUUUCCAUAUUUCUUCUUCUUCUUCUUCUUCUUCUUCUUAGGUUUCAUUCAAUCCUAUUUUUUGUUUUUCUUUUCUUUCUGCCGGAGAAUAAAAUGAGAGAAUGCAUCUCCAUUCAUAUCGGUCAGGCUGGGAUUCAGGUCGGCAAUGCAUGUUGGGAACUGUACUGCCUUGAGCAUGGAAUUCAGCCUGAUGGACAAAUGCCGAGUGAUAAGACUGUAGGUGGAGGCGAUGAUGCGUUCAAUACCUUCUUCAGUGAAACAGGUGCAGGAAAGCAUGUCCCUCGUGCUGUUUUCGUUGAUCUUGAGCCUACUGUCAUUGAUGAGGUGAGAACUGGAAUGUAUCGUCAACUGUUCCAUCCUGAACAGCUUAUCAGCGGUAAGGAAGAUGCUGCCAACAAUUUUGCUCGUGGUCAUUACACCAUUGGCAAGGAGAUUGUUGAUCUCUGUUUGGAUCGGAUUCGAAAGCUUGCCGACAACUGCACUGGACUUCAAGGCUUCCUGGUGUUUAACGCUGUUGGUGGGGGUACUGGGUCUGGUCUUGGCUCCCUUCUUUUGGAGCGUUUAUCUGUUGACUAUGGCAAGAAAUCCAAGCUUGGUUUCACUGUUUAUCCCUCUCCACAAGUUUCCACCUCUGUUGUCGAACCUUACAACAGCGUUCUCUCAACCCAUUCCCUCCUUGAACAUACAGAUGUUUCUGUGCUUCUUGACAAUGAAGCCAUUUAUGACAUCUGUAGACGCUCCCUUGAUAUUGAGCGACCCACUUACACAAACCUUAACCGUCUCAUUUCUCAGGUUAUCUCAUCCUUGACCGCCUCUCUAAGGUUCGAUGGAGCUCUGAAUGUGGAUGUCACUGAGUUCCAAACGAAUUUGGUCCCUUACCCAAGAAUCCACUUCAUGCUUUCCUCUUAUGCCCCAGUGAUCUCUGCAGAGAAAGCAUACCACGAACAGCUCUCUGUAGCUGAGAUCACCAACAGUGCAUUCGAGCCGUCUUCCAUGAUGGCCAAGUGCGAUCCUCGACAUGGCAAGUACAUGGCUUGCUGUCUGAUGUAUCGAGGAGACGUGGUGCCAAAAGACGUCAAUGCAGCUGUUGCAACCAUCAAAACCAAGCGCACAAUCCAAUUUGUGGAUUGGUGCCCCACCGGUUUCAAGUGCGGGAUCAACUACCAGCCGCCUACGGUUGUUCCGGGUGGCGACCUCGCCAAAGUGCAGAGGGCAGUGUGUAUGAUCUCGAACUCGACAAGCGUGGCAGAAGUGUUCUCUCGCAUAGACCACAAGUUUGAUUUGAUGUAUGCAAAGAGAGCCUUUGUGCAUUGGUAUGUGGGGGAGGGGAUGGAGGAGGGAGAAUUCUCUGAAGCCCGGGAAGAUCUUGCGGCACUCGAGAAGGAUUACGAGGAAGUAGGGGCAGAGUCUGGCGAAGGUGAUGAUGAUGAUCAGGAGGAGUACUGAGGAGACACCAUGGAAGGAAGCUCAAUUAUUUGUAAAUAAUUUUGAGUUUGCUAUCUGUUUUGGUUUUGGUUUUGUUGAUUUUGUGGGGGAACUCUUUUGUCGGGAGCGUCGGGGUUGGAGCAGUGUGUGUUAGUGUUGAUUGUAGAGUGUUUUUGUUGUAUUUCUGUUUGAUAAAAGAAGCAUUGGUGAUGUGUGAGAUUUGUGGUUUCUGUUUGAUGGGAAAAUAUACACUCAAGUUUGCAUUUCUGAACAACAACAAUAUUGUUCCUUCCUUUUAUACACCUCCUCAUUUUUACUUA